UAUGGCAACAACGGUCGUCUGAUCUUCCAGCACUCCCGGAGUUGCAGCUGCAAUCACAACAUCUGAUAUAUUUUUUCCAGACCUUGUAAGACUUUACAUGAAGCGACAGCCUAGGAGCAGCAUUCGCGGAGGUGAUGUUGCUCUCUGGAAUGUGACAUCAGAUGAGGAGGCCGCUAACGAGUGUGUAGAGCCGGAAUGGACUUCUUCAUUGGGAGACAGACCACUCAGGAAACAUUUCUUUUAUGUUGGAACCCCUAAGAGAAUCCAGCAGAUAACGGAGGAAGAGAGAUUUUUUCAGAAAGAUGAAAUCCAAGUUCCAUCAGGUCAGUCGUGUUCGUUGUCAGCUGGAUCCACUCUUCAACGAUGUCGAGACCAGCGACUAUUCUUCACGUCACCUGUAAAGCUGUGGCAGAAGGACAAGGAGGACCCCGGAAAGGACAACCCAAACACAGUAUGCUCAAGGACCACCACACAGGGAGACGCGAUGCAGCUGGACAAGAUAUUUCAAAUUGAGAACAAUGUGCGGCCUUUCCACCAGACCGCUUUACCUAGAAACAGCUUCCUGACGAAACCCGACCAUUACUCCAGACAUCGGGGAAUGAGAGGUUAUCCAUCAGUUUCAAACAACAUCAACACAAUGCACAAAAUAAACGAUGGUGCUUCCAAUAAGAGAUGGCCUCCGAAAGCGCUGACGACCCAGCCACAGCCGUGUCUCAGCAGGGGCUCAGAAGACGCGUCCCAGCCAUAGAUUAUUCCUCUUCGCUUUGUGAUACGUACCGUAUGCGCUUCUGCUGCCAGAUGUGUUUGUUUAGACAACACCUUGCAUGGUAUUUCUGUGUAGUGCUUACAAUGCAGCUGAACGUAUUGUAGGGAAUGAUAUAACUUCAUUUUAAAAAUAAAUUUAUACUAGUGCAGUCUCUCCAAA